UAUCUGCAGCUACACCAAAGCACCUUCCAGGAUCGCUCCUGGGACGAGAAGAAUUUUGAACGUGGAAAUCUCCAUUGGUUAGCGUGGCACCCGUUCAUCGCAGGCAUGUACGACUGCCUCGCGGACUCGCGCAACCUGUACCUCUUGCAGGAGCUCGCACCACUCGGCACGCUCGAAGCGUACAUUGAAAAGCACGCUCCGCUGCACGCAUCCGUCGCGCAGUUCUACUUCUCGAACAUCGUCGUGGCGCUCGAGCACCUUGCGUCGCUGCACUUCGUGCACGGCGACCUCAAGCCCGGGAACAUCCUCAUCGGCGGCAACGGGUACCUGAUGCUCGCGGACUUCGGGCUCGCGAGCCGCUGGGACGAGCCGCGCGACUGGGAGCACGUCGGCACGCCGAACUACCUGUCGCCGGAGAUCGUCCGGGGAACCAUCGACUCGGUCGCGAAGCAGUGCCUCGACUGGUGGGGCGCGGCGUGCAUCCUGUACGAGAUGGCGACGGGCAAGAUGACGUUCGACGAGCCUGACCCCGGGGAGUUUCUCGAUCAGGAGGCGAUCAGGGACGACGUGAAGGAGCGUGUGCUCGCGGCGCACUAUUACUGGCCAGACCCCGACGCCGUCGACCCGGCGAUGAAGUGGUUCGUGGACGAGAUGCUGAUGUGGAGGUAUGAGCUGCGCCUGGGCACCGUGUGCAAGAGGCUCGAGACGGGCAAGGUUGUGAACUCGGACAUACGCUGUCAUGUGUGGUUCGAUGGCUAUCCCUGGGAGGACAUCGAGAAUAGGACGUAUGCUGUGCGUGCUUCA